CGUUGAACAAGGCAAUAUUUGGAGUUGGUCCAAAUGUAAGUACACCAGAUAUAUUUGGUAUAUCAUUGGAUAAGAAUUACUUUGGUGGAAUAUCAUUGGGAUACCUUGAUCCACUAUUCUCUCAUCAAGUUAACAACUAUACAUCAAUGCUCAAAACCGAUGGUGUAUAUUCUUUUAAGAUUAAUGGAAUGGUAAGUCAAUACAAUCCAUCAUCAUAUUUCCAACAUUACAAGUCUUUUCAACAAAGUAAGUUUAGAUCAAGCCAUGUCAUUUCAUGUUAUCCACAAGCUGAUCACCUCCAAACAUAG